AUGCGAUACGGAGCAUCGGCACGCGCCCCGGCCGGGGCCUUGAUGCUGGUGCUGCUCAUCUUUGCGGCUCUGGCGGCCAUGGCCACGCCGGUGGCCAAUGCGGCCGACUGCGCGACCGGACAAUUCGCCGACACCGAGGGCAACUGCCAGCCAUGCCACCCGUCAUGCUCCUCGUGCGACGAUGCCACGUCGUGCUUUGCCUGCCGCCCGGGGCUGGGGUUCCUUUCCCCGGACCCGACCAUUGGAAGCCUGUGCACGGCCAACUGCCCCUUCGGACGGUAUGGCUGGAAGUCGGAGAACCCGUCUCCCACGCCGCCGGGUCCGCGACAGACAUUCUUCUGCUACGAAUGCGGCCCACGUUGCACCACCUGCACGGGCCCGGACUACCCGCCCAAGUGUCACUCUUGCACGGCGAACGUCGGUCUGACCGACGUGAACAUGUGCACUUCAUCCAACAACCUGCCGUCGUGGCAUGACCCGGCUUCCAAGCGCUAUAUCCACUGCCACCCGUCGUGCGAGUCGUGCACCGGGCCCGGGCCGGACAGCUGCCUCACCUGCGUGUCGGGAUGGCGCUUGGAGCCAGGCGGCAAUGGCGCGGGCACCUGUGUGUCGGAUUGCCCGGUGGGCAGCUACUUGCCGUCGGGGUCGAGCUCGUCCCAAUGCGCGGCGUGCCAUUCCAACUGCCGGACGUGCUUCGGUCCCGGCGCGACCCAAUGCUUGUCGUGCAAUUCCCAGCGCCCGAUCAGGAACCGCCAGUGCGUGGAAGCCUGCGGCACGGGCUUCUACCGGGUCGGCGGCGAAUGCCAUGCAUGUCACCCUUCGUGUGGCCAGUGCACCGGGCCGGCGGACAGCCAGUGCAUCGGCGACUGCAGCCCGAUGGCCUUCCGCCUGUCGGCCGGCGAGGAGGACCACAGCCAGGCGGAGUUCACAUGCGUGACCAUGUGCCCGAAGGGCACCGGGCGCACGGCCGACCGGAAGUGCCUGCCCUGCGAGGACAGCUGCGCGGCCUGCUGGCCUGACGAUGCCCCGGGGGCUGGGAACCGCAUGGUGUGCCGGAAGUGCGAGGACGGCUGGUUUUUGGACAAGUCCAUCGGGGCCUGUGUCUUGGCGUGCCCGAACGGGACCACGGCCAUCGGGGCCGAGUGCAUGCGCUGCAAGCCGGGAUGCGCCGCGUGCUAUGGCGAGGGGGAUGGCCAAUGUGUCGCCUGCCAGGAGGACCUCCCCGUCCAUUGGCAGGGCGACUGCUGGGCCUCGUGCCCGGAGGGCUUCUACGAGUCGGGGGGCACGUGCGUCGCCUGCCACGAAUCGUGCAAGACGUGCGCCGGCGCCGGGGCCGACCAGUGCACGGCUUGCGGGCAUUUCACAUCCCUCACCCUGGCUGGCACCUGUGUGUCGACCUGUCCGACGGGGCAAUUCCCGGCCUUGGACAUGUCCUGGGAGGGGGCACGGUGCCGGCCUUGCGGGGCCCAGUGCGAUCGUUGCACGAACGAGGACACCUGCACCGAAUGUGCAUCCGGGUGGUUCAUCCACUCCGGCGUGUGUCUGGAGGAGUGUCCGCCCUCGACGGUCAGCUGUGCCGGGCAGCUUGCCUGCCAUGACUGUGAGCCCGGCUGUGCCGAGUGCGUCGGGCAGUCGACCGGGCCGGGCCACUGUCAGGCCGCCUGCAACCGGUGCCAGGAUUCGCUGUUCCUCCACCCAUCCACCGGGGCCUGCUUGGAGACCUGCUCGCCGACGGCCGUGGCCUUGGACCCAGAUACCGGGCGUUGCACCGAGUGCCAGGGCGAUUGUCGGACUUGCUUCGGCCAGGCCGACUGGUGUACAUCCUGCGGCGAUCCACGGCGUUGGCUGUGGCCCGAGACCGGGACCUGUGUGGAGGAGUGCCCCUCUGUCGGGUAUCACAGGGUCCCCGGGGGCGAUGGACACGGCACGGACGCCAUGAAGGUGUGCCACGCUUGCAUGGAGUGGUGUGACGUGUGCGAGCUCCUUUCCGAAGAGGUGUCCUGCUCGGUGUCGCCGGAGGAUGGGUCGCUGAGCUGCGACCUGAAAAGCCGGUGCUUGUCAUGCGCGCCCUCGUUCUUCAAGGUGGACGGCGGCCAGCGGUGCACGGCUACUUGUCCGGCGAGGACCUUUGCCGAACCGAGGACCCAGCAGUGCUUGCCCUGCUCGGAGGAGUGUGCCGACGAGUGCACCGGACAGGAGUCGCAGAAUUGCACCGGCCCAGGGGCCGGUGAUAAGAAGGCCUCCCAGCGCCUGGCCGUGGGCCUGGGCGUGGGCCUGGGCGUACUGGCCCUGGUGGCCGUGGCCGGCGUGGUGGCCUUUGUCCUCCUGCGCGGGCGCAAGUCGUCCUCCGGCCACGACGCUCUUCCGAUCUCGCUCCGGAAGGCGGGUGACCGGCUUUGA